GUAUUUAUGGGGUUUUAGUUUUGAAAUGCCAAAAGCAGAAUCUCAAGUUUCUCAACAGAACUCCCUCCCCUUUUCCUCUGCCAUUCUUCCGAAAUUCUUCCUGUAAAAGCAUCAGCAGCAGCAACAAACAAACUCUUAGAAAAGAAAAGAAUGGAGUUAGAGGAAUGGGAUUUGAGUGCAGAAGAUUUGGAUUCCCUCGAAAAAGAAGCAUUCCGUCAAAUUGCGCAACGCAACAAUUCAAUAUCUUCUUCUUCUCCUACUACUUCUACUUCAACAUCAACUUCAACAUCAACAACGCCUUGCGUUUCACGCGGAAAUUUGCAGCCGUCACCACUAAGAAACUCUCGUAUUCAGUCUCAGGUGGAUGCUUCUUUAGGGUCCAGAGUCUUACCGUCGUCCAUUACACCUAAAACAGCUGAUGUCUGUAUAGAAGAUAUUUCAAAGGAGGGACCAAAGCAUUCCGUCAAGUUCUUUCUUCAUGCUAGUGGAAGUAUAGCUGCGAGAUUUCCUUAUGAUCAGGUUCUUGUAAAUGCUGUCAAGAGGAUUCCUAAAGCUACGUGGAAUGCAAGAGAGAGGCUAUGGGUGUUUCCACUGUCUUCUUUGUCGUCUGCUGAAGAUAUUCUUAGGGAAACACCAGGCUUGAAAAUUGAGGUGGAAAAUCUGGAUCCCUUAGUUCGGCGAGCUAUAGUUGCUGUAACCGCUACUCCUGAUCUUCAAGAUCGAUAUGACAGGAUACCAAGUUAUGUUGAAUCGAAGCUUCUACCAUUUCAGCGGGAGGGUGUCAGGUUUGUGUUGCAACAUGGAGGACGUGCCCUUAUAGCUGAUGAGAUGGGGCUGGGUAAGACUAUACAGGCAAUUGCUGUCACCACAUGUGUCCGAGAAUCGUGGCCAGUUUUGGUGCUUACGCCGUCUUCUUUGCGUUUGCAUUGGGCUUCUAUGAUACACGAAUGGCUGAAGAUUCCUCCGUCAGAUAUAGUUGUGUUAUUACCUCAAUUGAGUGGAUCAAAUAGAGGGGGAUUUUCAGUGGUAUCCACAGCCAAGGGAACUGUUCGUCUUGAUGGUGUUUUUAACAUUGUUUCCUACGACUCUAUUCCCAAGCUACAGGGGAUUCUUAUGUCAUCAGAUUUUAAGGUUGUCAUUGCAGAUGAGUCGCAUUAUUUGAAGAAUGCUCAAGCAAAGAGGACAAGUGCCUCUCUUCCUGUUAUAGGGAAAGCCCAGUACGCAAUGUUGCUUAGUGGAACUCCUGCCCUGUCAAGGCCUAUUGAGUUAUUCAAGCAGCUAGAAGCUCUCUAUCCUGGUGUCUACAAGAGUGUCCAUGAAUAUGGCAGUCGAUAUUGCAGGGGUGGAGUAUUUGGAGUAUACCAAGGGGCAAGUAACCAUGAGGAAUUGCACAAUUUAAUGAAAGCAACACUCAUGAUACGCAGACUUAAGAAGGAUGUUCUUUCUGAGCUUCCUGUAAAACGCAGGCAGCAGGUCUUUCUGGAUUUGGCUGAAAAGGACUUGAGACAAAUCAAGGCAUUGUUUCUUGAGCUGGGAGUGCUCAAGGACAGGAUAAAACUUAGCAAGACCAAAGAUGAACACGAGUCUCUCAAACUUUCUGAAAAGAGUUUGAUCAAUAAGAUCUACACUGAUUCCGCAGAGGCUAAGAUUCCAGCAGUUUUGGAGUACUUGGGAACGGUAAUUGAGGCUGGAUGUAAAUUUCUAAUAUUUGCACACCAUCAGCCAAUGGUCGAAGCAAUACACCAGUUCCUCCAGAAGAAGAAAGUUGGCUGUAUCCGCAUUGAUGGUAGUACACCUGCGGCGUCAAGACAAGCUCUGGUUACAGAUUUUCAGGAAAAAGAAGCGAUCAAGGCUGCAGUUCUAUCAAUUAAAGCUGGAGGUGUUGGCUUGACUCUAACAGCUGCAAGCACAGUUAUCUUCGCUGAGUUGUCCUGGACUCCUGGUGACUUAAUACAAGCGGAAGAUCGUGCUCAUAGGAUUGGUCAGGUCUCCUCAGUCAAUGUGUAUUACCUUCUGGCAAAUGACACAGUCGAUGAUAUUAUCUGGGAUGUUGUUCAGAACAAAUUAGAAAACCUGGGACAGGUUCUUGAUGGACAAGAGAAUUCCAUGAAAGUUUCGCACAGCCAACCAAGAUCAAGCCCUGCGAAGCAGAGAACACUUCACUCGUACAGUUCACCUAGUUCUAGCCCUGUGAAGCAGAAAACACUAGACUCUUUCAUGAAACGUUGCUCUAGCUCAGAUACGACUAGUGCUGAGCCAAAAUUUAAACAUCCGAGAAACUGAUCAAGGUUGUACAUGUACUUCAUACAAGUAGCUUAGUUUUGUAAAUGUACAUAAUUCAUGGUGCCCUUCAAAAUUUAGGCACCCAUCUCCGGUUGAUAUAUGUAUCAUACAUCAAGCUUGUGUUUUUCAAAA